GUCCCCCCGGGUCCCCCUGGGUCUCCCCGGGUCCCCCAGCUCUCUGCCUCCGUCCCCGCCCCCGCCCCGCGGGACUCCGCGCUGCGCCAGCGCGCGCCCUGCCUCAGUUUCCUAGAGGCGGUGCGCAGUCGGGGGCGCUCUGACGCGCUCCGCGGCGCACGUAAGAGGACGGCGCGGGGCGCCGGGCGGGCGCGGACCCGGUCACGGCGCGGGGCCGCCGCUGUCCCGCGCUGUUGCCGGCGCCAUCCCCGUCCCCGUCCCCGAGGCGCGCGCUCCCGGCCGCCCGGUGCCGCCCAGGCCUCGCCAUGGGGCCCGCGCCGUCCGCCCUCGCGCACUGCCUCGGCCUCCAGCAGCUGCUGCACCCGCGCCUCGGCCCCGCGGGCCCGGCUCCCUCCGCGCAGUUUAAUUCCUGGGUUGAUGCUUAUAAAUUGCCUGUGGAAUCAGGCCAGUUACCUGAACUCCCCAAGUAUGUUAAAGUAGUAGAAGUUGGGCCUAGAGAUGGGCUGCAGAAUGAAAGGGUUAUAGUUCCUACAGAUAUAAAAAUCGAAUUUAUCAAUCAACUUUCCCAAACUGGCUUGUCUGUAAUAGAAGUAACCAGCUUUGUGUCCUCCCGAUGGGUCCCACAGAUGUUUGAUCAUGCUGAAGUGAUGAAAGGUAUCCGGCAGUAUCCUGGCAUUCGAUACCCUGUUCUUACUCCGAACCUUCAGGGUUUUCACCGUGCCGUAUCAGCAGCUAUUUUGAAGACAACAAGAGGCAUUAUGGUUGCUGCUGGAGCCACUGAAAUAUCAGUCUUUGGGGCUGCCUCUGAAUCCUUUAGCAAGAAGAACAUUAACUGUUCCAUUGAAGAAAGCAUGGGAAAAUUCGAAGAGGUCAUUAAGUCUGCAGCCCAAAUGAACAUUCCAGCACGAGGGUAUGUGUCCUGUGCCCUGGGCUGUCCAUAUGAGGGAAGCAUUACACCACAAAAAGUGGCGGAAGUAAGAUACACACACCUCCAGCCUUUUUGGUUAAUGCAGGUAUCUAAAAGACUGUAUGGCAUGGGCUGCUAUGAGAUCUCUCUGGGAGACACGACAGGAGUGGGCACUCCAGGAAGCAUGAAGAGAAUGCUGGAGUGUGUCAUGAAAGAAAUCCCGCCAGCUGCGCUCGCGGUUCACUGUCAUGACACGUACGGACAAGCCCUGGCCAACAUCCUCACAGCCCUGCAGAUGGGAGUUAAUGUGGUGGACUCUGCGGUAUCGGGGUUAGGAGGGUGUCCUUAUGCACGAGGCGCCUCUGGGAACGUGGCCACUGAGGACCUGAUAUACAUGCUUCACGGCCUGGGCAUCGACACAGGUGUGAAUCUCUACAAAGUCAUGGAAGCUGGUGAUUUUAUCUGCAAAGCUGUGAACAGAACUACAAACUCUAAAGUAGCACAAGCAUCUUUCAGUGCUUAACUUGGAUCUAUUUAUAACCUAAGAUUUAGACGAUCCCUUUGGCUAUGUAGAUUCCCCUGGAAAUCAGUGUUAAUCUUAUUCAGAAGCAAGAAAUAACAGAGAAGAAUGGAAAAAAGAAGACACUUUUAUCAAAAUUUCUGCUGAAUAGACUGUGAAGUCAAUGGGAAACAAUAGCAGCUAUUGGGCAAAUUGCAAGCUGAGAUAAAUAAAACUCCGUUGACAUCUUUUGGAA